UGGCAUAGUUCAGCUUUAUAGAGCCUUGUCAUCUGAUUAAGGAAUCCUUUUAACAUUUAGCGGUGCCGUGUGUUUCUGUGUACGACAAACAUGCAUGGCAUUGUUAUUUUAUUUUGUAAAGCAACUGAGUUGUGCUGUGGUUGGGAGGGGUUUAGGACCCAGCAGAGCAGGAAGACACCUGCUCCCAUAGAUCAAGCCUGACUGUACAGGCGCUGACAAACCACACAGAGCCAGAUGAAAAGAGAAACGGUGGGGCUGAAGGAGGGGGAAGGGUUGAAGUGGGACACGCCCCCCCCCUCGUCAGUGCCCUGAAACAUGAUCUCAUUUGCACCUGGACUGCAAGGGCCACAGAACAAAUUGGAAAAUAAUUCCACCACAGCCUUUGACACGCCCACCCUAAAAAUGUCUCCUGCGUAAAUUGACUGAUGCUGACCAUGGCACUGGAUGGGGUAAAGGCUGCAUUCAACAUCUUUUGACUUGACUGAACAAUCCUCUAUGCCUCAUCAACCUCCCAUUAGGAGCAAAACCUUCACCUCGGCACCCAUUAUAAGUGAGGAAGCAGAAGGGUAAACUUGAUAUUGCCAUUUGAAGUUUUGAAAGUUCUGGCUGCGGGGCAUGAUGGACAAGGUGUACGAGACCUCAAAUCCCCCCAAAGUAACCGAAGAUGGGGGGUUUGGGGAAAUUAGGUCUCAGACCCACCCUCCAUUCAGCAUCCUUACAUCUACCAUCCUGUUUUGUGCUGAGAUUGUAGCUGCUUCAGUGGUAGCAGCAGGUUACAGCUACUCGGAGGAUGAAGCCUGGAUGUCUCUUACCAUUGUAUUUAUGUUGGUCCCUUCCAUCAUGGUGCAGCUAACACUGACAUUUAUCCACCGGGAUCUAGGAAGAGAUCGCCCACUUAUUCUCCUAAUGCAUCUUCUGCAGUUGGGGCCCCUAAUCAGAUGUGUGGAAGCUCUCAUAGUUUACUGUAGCAUGGGUCGUGAGGAGGAACCAUAUGUCAGUAUCUCUCGGAAGAAGAAGUUACAGGGAUGGGGGGCAGCGGAGGAAGAAGAACGUGAGGUGGGGCAUUCCCUAAGAAGACUGGCCACCCAUCGUAAUGCCUUUAAGCGCACAGCUGUUGUGCAAGCCUUCCUGGGCUCUACUCCGCAGCUCACCCUUCAACUGUAUGUCAGUGUUUUGGAGAGAAAUGUUCCUCCAGCACGAGCUGUCCUUAUGGCUAUGAGUCUUGCCUCAACUACAUAUGGUGCCUUGAUCCUAAAUGUCCUGGCCAUACAGAUUAAGUAUGAUGACUAUAAAGUUUGUCUAAGUGUGCCAGCGUUCCUGUGCAUCGUGAUGUGGAGGUGUCUGGAGAUUGCUACUCGUGUCACUGUUCUGGUUCUCUUUUGUUCAGCUCUUAAAGGCUGGGUGACUGCAGUGGCCUUAGGAAACCUACUGGCUCUCUUCCUUUUGCCUUGGAUUAAAUUCUGGAGAAGUGGCGCCAGCCUGCCUAAAAAUGUAGAAAAGAACUUUAGCUGGUUUGGUACCAUCACAGUCCUUGGCUCGAUGACCUUGCUAUAUUCAGCCAUCAAUAUGUUCUGCUGGUCCGCUGUUCAGCUUAACCUAUCGGAUCGAGACUUAAUUGACCAGUCGCAAAACUGGGGGAGGUUAAGUCUUCAUUAUUCAAUUCGGUUGGUGGAGAACGCAGCCCUCAUUCUACUCUGGUACUUCUACAAGGAGGAUGUUUUUGAGUAUAUCUGUUCCCCACUGCUGGUGGUUCAACUUUUGGUAGGAUAUAUCACCGCCAUCUUCUUCAUGCUGCUUUUCUACCAGUACCUUCACCCCUGCCGCUUUCUUUUCAGCCACAAUGUCGAAAACUAUUUGGCCUGUGUUUGCUGCAGGCGAUGUAUAAAACACAGAGAUGAUGGAAGGGAGACUGCUGUGUGACAGAGAACAUUGCCCUCCAUGACACACUGCAUACCCACCAACAAAUGGGAAGUGCACCCUUUUUUAACACUGUCACACUGGAUUCAUCCACAGUCCAGCAAUGUGUGCACACCAGUACAGAAACUUUAGUCACAGCAGAGUCACAGGCAGACACAUGCAUUACUGCUUGCCUUAUAUUAGAAGCAAUGUCCUACCCUCAAAGUAAUCUGAACAUGGGUAUGAGAAGGGCCAUGUUUUUUUAAAAUAACUUUCACAACCGCAAUCCCCCUGUUCACUUAAAAUAACCACCUAACUUACAUCAGUGGCUGCAACUGUACUUUGUCGCAUAUAAAAAUAUUGCAUAUAAAAAAAAUAUAUAUAUAUAUAUUUUUUUCUUGUGGAACAGCGCCUAAAGCAAAUGGAGAAAGCAGAAAAAACAGGGACAAAAUAUGGUGUAGUAUUUUCAGUUGUUCUUAAAGCACCCUGUGCUGGAAAAGCAAAAAAUCCCUAGUGUGAGUUUCCCUUUAAAGAGACUUUUCUUUUUGUCCCAGAUUUGUGUAUAUUCGGUGUUCUCUGGAGCCUUCACCAAAUUUAGUAGAAAUGCCUACUUACAAGAUAAUGGUAAUGUUAUUGCAUAUAAUAAUGGUUCCCAGUGUCCUCUUCUCCGCCGCCAGCCACUGUUAGGCUCCAAGGUAAGGAUACAAAAGUUGCAUAGUGUAAUAAUGAUUUAUUAAAAAACUUAAAAACAUUAAAAUAUUCAACUCACAUUUGUAUGCAUAAGUUUUGGUCACAUUUAGUUAAGUCCUUAGCAGGUGUCACCAGUUGGAAUUCAAAGGAGAAGGUUUGCCGGUGUUUCUCUCCCUCGUGGUGUCUUCACGCAGCUUGCCGUGACCAAAACUCAUGCAAACAAAUGUGAGUUGAAUAUUUUAACGUUUUUUUAAUAAAUCCGUAUUACACUAUGCAACUUUUGUAUCCUUACCUUGGAGCCUAACAGUGGCUGGCAGAGGAGAGGAGGACCCUGGGAACCAUUAUUACAUGCAAUAAAAUUACCAUUAUCUUGAAAGUAGGCAUUUCUACGAAAUUUGAUGAAGGCUCCAGAGAACACCGAAUUCAGCUAUACACAAAUCUGGAACAAAAAGAAAAGUCUCUUUAAAGGGGAACUCCUCCAGCACAGGGUGCUUUAAGAAUAACUGAAAAUACGACAUCAUAUUUUGUCCCUGUUUUUUCUGCUUUCUCCGUUUGCUUUAGGCGCUGUUCCACAAGAAGUUUUUUAUUAUAUAUAUGUGACGUUUCUGUAUCCAGCUGAGAGACUGAAAAGGAACGGCAGGGGAGAGACAUUCUAAAGGGCUAACUAAUCCAACGUUUGUUUUUUAUUGCAACUGCACUUUGCAAGAUAAUAGGUUAACCUUUCUCAACUUGAUAAUCAUAGAUUCAUUCUCCAUACAGUCACAGAUUGAUUUAGUUAGUGGCAGCUGCCAUAUUGUUUUGAUUUGCAAAAUAAGAGCAUUAUCAGUUUAUAACCACUAGUAAGUCGAGGAAAGCCAACCUGCAGGUCCAUAAUACAAACAGAUAAAGCAUAUCCUGAAAACACCGUUAUCUGUGUCCAGCUGUGUACUUGGGGGGGCACUAAACACUACUUGGAAAUAGUGUUUAUUUUCCCUUUUUAAAAACUAGCAGUGAGAGUAAGGGCAAUUCCUUUAAUCUUCUGACAGUUUUAUGUGUUUGUCUCUCUGAAUUUCAUAACCUUUUUACAGUAAUUCAUUCUUUUCUUUGGUGUCAUUGAUCAUUCCGUUGUUCUCACAUUUUAGAUUUUGUCCCCAUCUCUUACCGCCCCUUCCCUUCCAUAAUACAGUAGGCUUUUGUUACCUUUCUUCUUUUAAACCUGGCUCAGGGCCAGACCUAGACUGACUCAUGACCUAUACAAAAAGCUCAAAUUUGUCUUCCCCUCUGAUUAAAAAUAGAAAGUAGGGUUUGUAGUGAUUGUUUGGUAAAAUGAUAUACAGAGGAAAGGUGCUAUAGAAAUAGUAAUGCGCUAUAGAAGGUCUCAUCGGUCACUAUAAUAGCCAGCCAUUAUGGUGUUCGUUUGCUACUAGCUGUAAUGAUGGACAUUUCCGCACUGCUAUUCCUUGCAGUCUAUAAGGACUAAGAAGAGUUGGAACAUCUGGAGUGUAGUCUGUUGGUUUCAAGCAUAUUGAACUGAUGUGACAAGGAUUCACCAUCAUAGGCUGACAAGAAGGAAACAUUUGUUCCACAUUCCUCACAAGGCACAUAGCAAUGAUCUGAGGAAGCAAAUGAAAAUGGAUUUUUAUUCAUCCUCCCAACACAAGAAUUUCCCAGCAGGGCUCACUGUGAUUAGGAAUCCUAAAAUAGAUCGGGAAUACGGACACAAAAUAAAAUAGGUGUUUCCUAUUUCUUUAGUGCCAAACAUGGGUUCCAGUAGGUCUCUUCUGUGAAGAAUAAAUAAGGAUCAUAAAGGAAUGUGAAAUGAGAAUCUCUUCUGCUAAACUGUGUACUUAUCUCUGUUUUAGUGUGUAUACCAUUGUACUGCGCUGCAUACAUUGCUUCCACUCUGUAAAUAAAACUAACAUAGAUUUUUA